CAGACAUUUUGUCCUUUCUCAUCUUCGAAGGAAAAAUGUCGGCUGCUGGUGUGAAAAAGAUGACAUUGAGCACGCUUACGCCUACGUCGGUCAAUUUUUUUAUUGUCGGCGUCAUCAUCGCCAAGAGGAAUCCAAAAACAUUCAUAAGCAAGAAAGAUGGAACGGAACGAGGAGUCUGGGGCUUUACUUUUAGGGAUUCGCCCACAGAUUAUAUAAAUGUUACAGCUUGGGGUUCACCUUCUUAUACCGAAUACCUCGCUUCUUCUUUUCGAACUGGAGACGUCGUUGAUUUGAUAAACAUAAGAGUGUCUACAAGGAACCCUAGUGACAUAAACAGUCAAUAUCAUCCAACAGUUACUAGUUGUUUGGAGCUUGUUAUGAAUGAACAUCAUUCUGAGAUAACUCUACACGAUGCAGAGGAUUGUAUUAAUUACAUCAAACUUCUCCACAUGCCGACGAAACCGCCUGGCAAUUUUCUGUCCCUCUCUGAAGUCAAAUCGAACGGCAGUUUGCUCAAUGAUCAGUUUGUCAACCUGCUAGUAGCCGUGCAGAAAGUCGGUGUAUCACAUAAUUACAAAACGAGAUUUGGGAAUGAAUCGGUUGUUUUGGAAUUUUUGGUGAUGGACAGGACGAGCACUGGUUUUACAAUCCAGCUCUGGAACAAUGAAUUGAUAGAAAGGGCAAAAAUUUGGAAACCGAGAUUCACAAUUCUAUUUUUGUCGGAUAUUAAAAUAAAAUGGAAUGCAUUUCGGAGAAGUCUCUAUGGUGAUAUAGGGCCGAGGACAAUUGUCACAGAAAAUCCGGAUACAAAGGAAGCAAUGGCUUUGGCACAAUUCGCUUCAACCGCACCCCUUCAGCCUGUCGCGAUUGUCGAUAUGCUUGCUGAAUUGAUGCCUUUGCCUGAGACUAUAAAUAAUGUAAUGUCUUGUGAAGCUGUGAUCAACCAUGCAAGGUAUGGAAACAAUGAAAAGUUCACAGCUCUCGUCUACGCACUUGUUGAAAGUUUCGACAUUGACGGAAUAACUCCAAUAAUAUCAUCAAAAUGUUCGCUAUGCAAGAAGAUAGUUGGUUCGGUUUGUGACAAUCCAACUUGCAUAUCUAGACCGGACCAGACUAUUUCAAUACUGGUCAAUUACGACCUCCGCAUAUCCCUCAUGGAUCUGACCAGUAUCUUAAGCAACUGCCGACUGACUGGGAAUGUAGCGGCCAAUGUGCUUGGUUGUGUGUCUGAGGAUUUCCAUAUGAUGGUGAAUGAGGAAAAGGUCAGCCUGAAAUGGAAAUAUUUGUUCAAAUACGUCGCAGCCAGGCUUCUCGUCAUGCCUUCGAAUGACAACCCACUCGUCUCAGUCGUAUCACUUAACCGGAUAUCCUUUACAGAAUUUGCACAAAAUUUGCCCAUACAUUAGACGACAAAUUGUAUGAUUU